CAAGACUGGAAGUCAGCAACGUGGAAGCAGGUUCCCGAUUCGUAACAGCUCAAGAUCUGCCUCUCUCUCUCAUGGCUCCGAAAGCGAUAACGAGUCCUGUCCCAGAUUCAUUGUACCCGACCCUCUCCAUUCUUACUCUCGCCAUUGGUCUCGUCUUAACUGCAUCUUUCUUCAUUUACGAAGCAACAACUUCCCGGAAGACCCGUUCCCUUGCUCAGGAGCUAACAACCGGGGCAGUGGCAUCAGUUUUCUUGGGUUUUGGAUCCUUGUUCCUCCUAAUUGCUUGCGGCGUUUAUGUCUGAUUAUGAGCAAAAGUUUUGUUAAGCAGAUAGCUUUAUAUGAAAAUUUACCCCCGGACAUUUUAGUUUAAUAUCUGAGUUAUGUUCUUAAUCUAUCAAUGACGGUGUUGGUUGUCUGUAAUGCUUAACAAGGUUAUGAAUUGGUGAUAUAGUUUUCAAGCCUGACCUUUAUUGGGGAAA